AUGAAAAGAAAGUCCGAACAAGAAGAAUUUGAAGAAGAGAAAAAACAGAGGAUUUGGAGUCAUGGAGAGCACUGGCUGAGAGGGGAGAUGGUUGGAGAAGGAAGCUCUGGUUCUGUUUUUCUUGCCACUCCCAAAAACCCAAGAAGGGGUGAGUUUGGUAGCAUGCUAAACUUUCUGGGAUUGAUGGCGGUGAAAUCGGCAGAGGUCUCUGAUUCGGAGUCAAUCCGGCAUGAGGCAGAGGUUCUGUUGGAUAUUAAGGGUUGCCCUUUUGUCAUUGAGAGCUUUGGUGAAGAAAUCACAACCAGUGAAGAGGGUGGUGAUCACAUGGUCUAUAACUUGUUGCUGGAAUUUGCCUCUGGAGGAACUCUUGGUGAUCUGAUUGAGAAAUCCAACGGUCAUGGAUUGCCUGAAGCUGAAGUUAGAAGGUAUACGAAAUCGAUUCUUGAAGGGAUUAAGCAUAUUCACAAGUUUGAUUAUGUUCACUGUGAUUUGAAGCCAGAAAACAUUCUGCUUGUACCAAAUCCAGCAACUAGUACUGGUAGUUUUGUGGCCAAGAUUUCAGAUUUUGGAUUGGCUAAGAAAACCAAGGAGAAUUACUGUCAAUGGAGAGGCACUCCUACGUAUCUGUCCCCAGAAGCCUUGAAUGAUAGUGAGCAGGAGCCGCCCUCUGAUAUAUGGUCUCUUGGUUGUAUCGUACUUGAGAUGCUAACCGGCAAGUCCUUCUCAGAUUUAAAGCCUGGUUGUGAACUUGAAGAUUUCCACUAUAUGUUUGAUCACGUAUGUACUCCCAAAAUCCCUGCUGAAGUCUCUGGUGUGGCCAGGGAUUUUCUUAAGAGUUGCCUUGCCAUGAGGUCUUGCGAAAGGCUGACCGCUGAAAAGCUCUUGCUUCAUCCAUUCGUUGUACGGCCAAAGCCAUCGAAAGCAGCUCGUCAUACAAAGAGGAAGGUGGUUUGCUCAUCUUCAGGCUAUGCAGAUGGCUCCAAACCAAGUGCAGAUUGUCACACAAGCCCUGCCAUUGUUCGCAGAAUUCCGCCACCACCCGGUUUUGAGAUACUUGCUGCUCUUGUUUGA